CUGGAUCCUUGUCGCUCCUCCCUCCCGGGGGCCUCGGGCGGCCAAUAGCGUGGCUCUCAAGCGCAUAGACCUCGGCGUGUCUCCUUCCACUUGCAGUCUGCGUGGAGUAAAAAGUCACAUUGGGAGGCUUUUGGGGGUAGAGAGAGGGAGAAGUAUCUACUUACAGCUGCUGUCAGAUAUCCGAUCGCCUUCGCAUGGCGAGGAGGUAACCUGAUCGAGCUGGGAGGAGUGACUCGACCAGGGAAGCCUUGAGCAACCAAAAAAAAAAAAAAUGUCUUCUUCUUCAGCUGGAGAAGUCACCACAGCGAAUGCAAUCAAGAGGGAAAAUGUGAAGGAGGUCGACGAGCGGGAGUGCAUCAAGCUUGCGGGGCUGGAGGCGGCCGAGUUGUCCAUGGAGCGAGCGGCACCCAACGCGGACGCGGUGCGCACGGAGCUGCUGGUGAGCGCCGCCUCCUCGCUGGCUUUCUCCCCGGAGCAAGUGGCGUGCGUGUGCGAGGCGCUGCAGCAGGGCGGCAACGUGGACCGCCUGGCCCGGUUCCUCUGGUCCCUGCCCCAGAGCGACCUGCUGCGCGGCAACGAAAGCAUCCUCAAAGCGCAAUCCCUAGUCGCGUUCCACCAGGCUCGCUACCAGGAGCUCUACAGUAUCCUGGAGAACCACAGCUUCACCCCGUCGAACCACACCUUCCUGCAGGAUCUGUGGUACAAGGCCCGAUACACCGAGGCAGAGAAGGCGCGGGGGAGACCCCUCGGCGCCGUGGACAAGUACCGGAUCCGGAGAAAGUACCCUCUCCCCAGGACUAUCUGGGAUGGCGAGGAGACGGUGUACUGCUUCAAGGAGAGGUCCCGGAACGCGCUCAAGGACCUGUACAACCAGAACCGGUACCCCUCUCCGGCUGAGAAACGCAAUCUCGCCAAGAUCACCGGACUCUCCUUGACCCAGGUCAGCAACUGGUUCAAGAACAGGAGGCAGAGGGACAGAAACCCCUCCGAGGCUCAGUCCAAAAGUGAAUCUGAUGGCAACCACAGCACAGAGGAUGAGUCCACCAAAGGUCAAGAGGACUUGUCACCCAGGCCCCUCUCAAACUCCUCAGAUGGCGUGAUCACUCACGGGAGCCUCCCAAUUCAAACGGGGCCAAUGGACAGUGGGGUAGUCAUCCAGCAAAUCGGGGACAUCAAAAUGGGCCCCGCGUCCAACAGCGGGGGGCUCUACAACGGAAGCCUGGUCACCAAUAGCGCCUCCUCGGCUGUGUUUCACAACGGUGGCUCGUCUUACCUCCACUCACCCGGGAACAUCCUCUUCAACGGGCUCAAUUUGGGCAUCCAACCAAUGGCGUUCAAUUCUCUGAGGCCGUCCGGCGGCGUUCUGAUGGGCGGCUCUGGAAUGGACGUUCACGAGAAAGGACUGGGUGGAUCUGCGGAGGAUUCGACCCUGCAGUACCCCUCUUCCUACUCGGGCUGUGUGAAUGGAGGGCAGGUGAAGCUCGAGGGGGUUCACACGAUGGCGUCCCAGAACGGAGGCUCCUCCGUGCUGACGUUCAGCUCCUCGCUGGGCGGAUACAGUCUGGUGCAGGUACCGAGCGGAGUCUCUGACGGUGAUGGAAGCUCGUUGCUUAACAGCGACGUCGGCCUUCCUCCGCUGCAGCUCUCUUCUUCGCCGUCAUCGUCCUCAUCCAUCACACAAGGUCCAAUACCUCUGAGCGAUAUCGCAGUCAGCUCCGCCAGCGAUGAUUCCUUGACCAUGACCUCCCUGCACCACAGCACCGUACUCUACAGUAUGAGCAGCGUCAGCCAGCCGCCCAUCAAGAAGGAACCUCUGGACGGAGGCGUGUACUCCUCGUACCACCACGGGCUCCACUUGGACCCGAGCGUGCAUAUCGGCUACUCCAAUCCCGCAUCUGAAGACGCUCCAUCGACGCAGGUUCCGGUCUCGGACACGGCAGAAAUCCCCGCCGUUACUGCAUCCAGCCCUGACGUGUACACCACACUCACCGUUAGCACGCCGCUGAUGCCGCAAACGAACCCAAGCAGUCACCAUCUGCAGGCGGUCAAGUACCACGAAGUCCGUGCGGGUCAGGUCUCGCACCUGAUGGGCACCUGCAUGACUAGUGACUAUAUGAGUCUGUCCCAAAACAAAACGGACGGCUCGAGUCCGGCGGGCGUGACUGAUAUAGUGCGGGCCAUGUGCGGCGACAUUGAACCCGUGGAGGGGAAGGAGUUAGCCAAACUACAGACAGUGCAGAUGGAUCAGGACAUGGCUGACCUUUAACCUUAAAGCAAAAGCACUCAUGUCCAUGAAAGCAGUGAUAUGAUGACGCUUUUGUUUGUGUGUGUGUGUGUGUGUGUGUGUUAUUGUGUGUGUGUGCAUUUUUUUUUUUUACCAUUCAUUUCUUUUAACUGUUAAAUUAUUUAAAGAUGCACUCUAGUAAGAAAGAAGGCUUGGACAUUUAUACAAAAAAAAAUAAUAAUUAAUAACAUGUUGCGUUCACAUUUUGUGAAAAUCCACUCCAUGUUGAAAAGUGCAGUUUUACAAACAACACCUGCUACUUCCUGUUGAGUGGACUUGAUUUGCCGAAGCAGGUGCUGGCAUGCAUGCCGCAAGUCACGUGACCAGGAUGUUCCUCCAAACUAAAUGCGUCAUCUGGGUCAAACCAAAAAGGUCAUUGGUAAGGGGGACAAGGGGGGGGGGGUGCCUGUCUGUGGAAGUGGGCCAGUUUUUACUGAAGGACCGCAAUGCAAUGCGUGUAUAAAACAAUAAGUCAUUCAACACACAAAAAGCUGCUCAACUCCGACAAAGUGCCCUUCGGCAAGCACCUUAAAUUGCCUCUCCGGUCUCAAAGAUGAAUGUACAUUUUUUUUUUUUUUUUAUGGGUUUGCACUACCAUCAUGACACUACGGGCACGACACUAGGGUUUGACGAGUUUGGACAAAUGGGCAUGUUGAAUGCUAUUUUCAAGCACUGGCGUCAACAGUGAAUGAAAAGGUCACACUGUGGGUUCACAUGUCGCUUGUAUGUUGUUUAUAAUGCCCGCCGCUACGUUAAAUAAGCGUGAUGAUGCUACGCUCGAUUGUGUUUUGGUUUAACGUGACUCUGCAAAUGCAAACACCUACAGUGAGAACAACAAGGGGCGAAAUUUUUUUUUUUUUUUUUUUUUUUUUGCAUGGCGUCAGACAGUUGUGGACACUUUUUGUUUUUUUUUUUCAUAGUGAAUAACACUGAAGCUCUGCUAUUUGAAGGCAAUAACAGCUCAAAUUCAGAGAUUUUACCAUCACCUCCACCAUUGCUGUCACUGGAAUAUUUACUGGGUGUCAAAUUUGUCAAGUGGGUCCUGUACUUUUUUUUUUUUUUUUUUUUUUAAACCACAGGAGCCUCAUUCUCCCUGUCAUACAUGACCAUAAUAGCACAUUUCAGCCUUUGCGGCCAAGAAACAGCAUUCAUAUCUCUGAAUGCAUCACACUUUGUUUUUUAUUUGGUUACCCAAUUCAUCAGUGCUUUAACUUCAUAUACCAAAUCUUAGUGAAGGGCAAUUUUUUUUUUUUAAUCUUAGUUUGACGUAUAUGUUUGUUAUCUGAAAUUAUGUGAAUGUAUUUUUCUAAAUCUCAGUAC